UACGCCCUCAAGGAUGAUGGUCACAGCGGCGCGUCUAGUCAUCCUAUCCCUGGUGUGCUAUGCUGCAGCGGCACAGGAACCAGCAGAGCAGACGGCACAGGAAACGGCACAGGGAACCAGCGAAGAUGGAACACCAGGAGAAGCCAAGUUCUUCAUCAAGUCUUACUCCACCACCACCUGGACCAUCCUUUCCUCCCUGACCUCAACUAUCCCCUACACCUGCUACGACACUGGAGGCGUCGUGCCGCCUGCGUGUAUGGGGCGAAGACUCCGCCGCUCAAGAGGCCUGAGUAAAAAUGUCGAGAUUCAGGACGCCAGCGACGUGUUCACCAGCAUUGACAGUACCUUGUUGUCCGAGGAGAUGGAGAGUGAUCCUGACCAGAAGUUUCUCUUCACGGUGUGGAGGACCAGCAGGUCCACCGCCACCAUCACCACCUUCUCCACCAACCGCUCCGUCACUGUGUCUGUGUCAAUCGCGUGUCUUUAUCCUGGAAUAGUUUACAAUCAAUGUUAGGACGACGACUCUCUGUGUUACCUCAUCUCUUGUUCAUCCCAGACCCAACAAUCAGAGAAUUUCAGUACUGGAUUUUUCGCUUCGUGUCACUCAUCAACACCCGUUCCCGCUGAGGCUUUGGUGUUGGCAGCCACUUUACUCACUAGCUACAUAACACACACAUGACAGUUUACACAGUUAUACGCAUAGAGAGAGUCUGGAACCUUAUGAUGAUCCUACGUUGUUGUUGAUUGAUGUGAAUUAGAUACGGCUUCAUACCGUUGCUAGAAGCGUUGUGUGUUCAUCCGGUCAUUUGUGAACGCUCUUUAUUGUGGCAGAUACGUUCGUUAUUCACGCUAUAUAACACAGAGACCAGAGGUAUAUUCGUCACAGUGUUGAGGUGUGGUGGCAAACUCUCUCUUGUCAUGCAAAUACAAUGACUUUUUCUUUGUGUUGCAUGAUUGUACAGGGUGGCUCAGAAAAUGUAUGCCACUUCCUGUACAUACAAGCAUAUGCAGUUACGUCUACAUAUAUUGCUCAUAAAAAUGUGUUGAAUAAUCCUGUGCCUUACAAACAGGAUUAUUAGACAACAACAACAA